CAUUAUUGUUGAAAGAGUCAUAAUAAUUAUUUUUGUUUGACAUUGAUUAGAGGUUUCUUGUCAACUAGAGAGUCUUCAGAAAUGCUGUUUUUACUCGGAUCAUGCUCUUUGCCGUUAUACGUGUAGAUAAAUUAUUCCCUUAGCUGUAAGUAUAUGGAUGACGUGAUGUGCUGAUGUGCGUAGGCCUCACGUGUAGUCUGUGGAUUGUCUGAUGAUAAUGUUAGUCUCCCUAGUGGUUUGCAUGGCCAGUUGCACGCAAAAUGAAGAACUGGACAAUUUGAUAGAUUGCUUGUAUGCCCUUCACACACAUGUGCACACACCUAGUCUCAUAAACAAAGUGGCCAUGUAUGUGUACAGUGCUGACGAAAAUGGCUUCUUUUACAGUAUAGAUGAUCUUGGCCUUCUCAGUGGGUCUCUGACCCCACCAUGAUGGCAGCUUUAAUUGCUUGGAGUUUACAAACUGGACAAGAGAUUGUCAGAUUAUCCCUGGGAAACAGGAAUCCCCUCCUGAACCUUUUAGCACACGGCCAAUGUCAUUCUCCAUAUGAUGCUGUCACCAUGGCAACUGAUGAAGAAGAAAUCCUCAUCCAUGAUGUAGCUAAGGAGCUGCAGCUGGGUGUGGCUCUCCUCUCUGGAGGCAAAACAAAUGAAGGUUUUCCCAUUAUUACAAUGCCGGAAUGUCCAAAGUUUGAUAUCACGACAGAUGAUGAAUUUGUCCGUCUACUAACCUAUAUAAUCAGGAUACCAAGCUAUUUUAAAGGCUUGAAUCACUCCAGCAUGCUGGAUAUGGACAAGGGGUUUGUGAUUCUGGUAGACAGACGAAAUGAAUCAUGGAAUGCUGUGAAAUCAGCCCUUGUCAGAAUUGCGCAGGGAUAUUUUCCUGGAAUCAUCCAGGGUGUGUAUGUCAUCAAACCCAAGAGCUUCUUCCAGAAGAAACUCUCAGACUUCCGCUUUCGUUUCUCCAAAGAGGAGUACAAAUUUCAGGUCAUCUUGCUGGACUCAGUGAAGGAUCUUCAUGCUCUGAUCCAUCCAUCUCAACUUACCAACGAAUUUGAAGGGACUUUAUGCUUUGACUUGACGUCCUGGAUUGAAGACAGAAUGGCAAUUGAACGAUUUGCUAGUAACUGUCGCGAGCGUUCAACGGCUGUCCAGAUCUUGACAGAUGAAUUCACUCAUACAGAGUUGCCUAAUGAUUUGGAAGGAGCUAACACGCUAUUGAUGGAUCAUCGUAAGAAACGCAUGGAGCUAAAAGAUGACUUACAAAGUGCCAUGAAGUAUGGUCAAACAUUGCUACGAUGCAUGCGCAGACCGUUGGAUGAAAACCCUGAACAGAACCCCCAUAAAGUGGCAACAUUGUGUGGAAUAGAAAGGCUCCUUGUUCAGAUGGAAGAGACAGAAGAGAAGUUUGAGGAGUUUUGGGUAGAGCAUGAAAAUAAAUUAAUACAAUGCCUAAAACUCAGGAAGUUUGAAGAAGACUUCAAGGAGGCCGUAGUAUUACUUGAGAACAUGUCUGAGAAGCUUGCUGUGGCAACAGAUCGAGGAAGCUCUACACAUCAAGUAGAAAGUCUCAUCAAAUCUCACCAAGAAUUUACAGACAGCAAUCAGGCUUCCUUGGAGAAUGCGAAGAACAUCCACGAUAUUGGGAUGGAAUUGCUAGAAGAGGACCAGUAUGGAGUGGACAGUAUUCAACCAAAGUGUGUAGAAUUGAAACGACAGAGAGAGGAAUUAAUGGAAAGGCUUGAGAGUAGAAGCGUACAAUUGAAUCGAUCACUAGAGCUUCAUGAAAGAAUUGACAAAGCCCAGAUGUGGUGUGCUGAAGGCAUGAAACUACUGGCUUCACAAGAAAUGGACAAAUGUCAAUCAAAAGAGGGUGCUGAGCAGUACUUACAGGCGAUACAGAUCUGCCUUAAGGGGGCCAGUCAACUGAAACUCAGCGACCCAAAGGAAUUCCGCUCCAUGUUUUCUGAUAUACUCACUUCUGAAAGCAAGGAGCCUGAUUACGAGGCUGUUGUCCACGAAGCUGUCACCAAGAUGGAGGACGUAAAGAUGAUGUUUGAGAAACGACAGGAGUCUCUACAGAAGGUCAUUGCUAAAUGUGAAAGACCAGUCCAAGUUGUGCUAGCAACCCCAGUACCUGCCUCACCAAGGUCACGUUCCCCAGGACCAUCUGCUAACGGGUCUCCUAAUGAAACUCGUAAACCAAAGAAUAAGAAAGUGAAAGGUUACAGUGCAAAGACCCCCCAGUUGUUCCCGUCACAUCAGCUGUAUGUGCCAAUGCCUCACCAGACUGAUAAAAAGAUUGAGAUCUUGCGAGGGGACAGCCCAGAUCUUGGCAUUGUUAUCAACACAGAUAAUGGGGAUUCAAACUCACUGUCUGCAAAGAGAAGACAUGUGAUCAAGGAAUUAAUUGAAACAGAGAAGAUGUAUGUCAAUGAAUUACAUGCAGUCCUACGAGGCUACAUCCAGGAGAUGGACAAUCCAGACCUUAUGCCUUUCAUUCCAGAGGCAUUACAAGGAAAUCAAGAAAUUCUCUUCUCAAAUUGGGCCGACAUCUACAAAUUUCACAGCAGCAUAUUCCUUGUUGAGCUUGAAAGCUACAUCAAAACACCAACGCUAAUCGGCAAAUGCUUUGUCAAAAGGAAAGGGGAAUUAGAUAGUUUAUACAGCACGUACUGUCAAAACAAACCGCGGUCAGAGAUUCUAAGACGAGAAUGUGGAAAUAACAAUCCUUUUUUUCAGGAGUGCCAAAGAUUGCUGGGUCAUAAACUCCCUCUUAGUGCAUACUUACUCAAACCAGUCCAAAGGAUCACCAAGUACCAACUACUGCUCAGAGAAAUGUUGAAAUAUUCCUCCUUAGAACCAGGAACAGACGACCUUCAGACAGCAUUAGAUUGUAUGUUGACUGUCAUCAAAUAUGUCAAUGACACCAUGCAUCAAGUGGCCAUCACAGGGUUUGAGGGUAAGCUUUCCAACUUGGGCAAGCUACUCAUGCAAGGCGCCCUCUUUAUGUGGGUAGAACACAAGAAGCGUAACAUCAGGCAACGCAAGAUGCAACGACAUGUCUUCCUGUAUGAGAAGAUGGUACUCUUCUGUAAAAAGCGUGGAGAUAUCAAGGAGAAGACGUGCUAUGGUUACAAGAGCUCUCUAAAGACUGCUGGAAUUGGACUGACAGAACACGUCAAAGGAGACAAGAGGAAAUUUGAGAUGUGGUCAGGUGGCCGAGUAGAUGUCUACACAUUCCAGGCCUCCUCAGAGGCAGAGAAGAUGGCAUGGUUGAAAGCAACGAGACAGGCCUUACUACAGAAUCAACAACUUGAGGUUGCAGGUAAACCAUUACAAAAGUCCAUCUCAGAAAGUGGCUCCAUCACUGAGAACGCAACCCCCAACGGAGGCCCCCUACCUUCACCCACAGCCAGUGAUACUUCCUCUACUGGGUAUGGGAGUGCUAAUCCCUCCCUAGCCAGUGAACAGUCACUGGAAGGGGAAGAAGAUGAUAAUGAAGAAGGCUGGCAGAGUGGAGAAUUCAGUGAAUCAGAUGAUGAUACCUUGGAAGAUAGGAGAGAAUCACAUUCACCUCAGCCUGUAAACCAGUAUGUGGUCCUUGCUGAAUACAACGUUGUUGAGGAAGGUGAAAUGGCAGUCAAAAUUGGUGAUAUUGUCAACGUUCAGAAGGCGGAAUCUUGUGAUAGUUUGACUUCUGCACCUUUGGAACCUGAGCCUCAACUCACACAUGACAACCAAUUAGUGACUAAGAGAGAAUCACAGGUACAAAACAUGGAGGACCAGGCCGGGACCAAGUCAAAGCCACAGCUUGUGAAGGACCAAUCCACAACCAAGCCAGAGCCACAGCCUAAGAAGGACCAAUCCACGACCAAGCCUGAGCCACAGCGUGUGGACAAAUCCACGAUAAAGCCAGAGCCACAGCCGGUGAAGGAAAAAUCCCCAACCAAUCCAGAGCCACAGCCUAAGAAGAAUCAAUCCACAAUCAAGCCAGAGCAACAGCCUAAGAAGAACCAAUCCUCAACCAAGCCGGAGCAACAGCCUAAGAAGAAUCAAUCCACAAUAAAAUCAGAGCCACAGCCUGUGAAGGAAAAAUCCACAACCAAGCCAGAGCCACAGCCUAAGAAGAACCAAUCCACAACCAAGCCAGAGCAACAACCUAAGAAGAACCAAUCCACAACCAAGCCAGAGCAACAGCCUAAAAGGAACCAAUCCACAACCAAGAAUGAGCCACAGCCUGUGAAGGACAAAUCCACAAGUAAGCCAGAGCCACAGCCUAAGAAAAACCAAUCCACAACCAAGCCAGAGCAACAUUAUAAGAACCAAUCCACAACCAAGCCAGAGCAACAGCCUAAGAGGAACCAAUCCACAACCAAGAUUGAGCCACAGCCUGUGAAGGACAAAUCCAUAAGUAAACCAGAGCCACAGCCUAAGAAAAACCAAUCCACAACCAAGCCAGAGCAACAGCAUAAGAAGAACCAAUCCACAACCAAGCCUGAGCCAAAGCCUGUGAAGGACAAAUCCACAACUAAGCCAGAGCCACAGCCUAUGAAGAACCAAGCCACAACCAAAGUGCAGCCCCAGCCACUUGCAGUGACUGAGAACCAAUCUACCAACAAGCUAGAGCCACAGACACAGGUUUUCUCUGAAAGCCAGCCUUUCGCCAAGCCGCAACAGCAACCUGAGUUUUCCACAGAGAAUGAUUUUGUGACCAAUCCAGAGCUUCAGGCAAGAAUUCCUAUCAUAAGCCCACCUGCCACUGAGCCAUAUGCACAGCCUGAAUUCACUCUGGUAACCAUACCAAUGAGUGAAUCAGUGCUGUCCACAGACCAACUUGAAUCCAUGGAAGAACAAACCAGUUAUGUUACUGAGACAGUGAUUCAGGUUUGUAACAAUCAGACAGCUGUCAACUCGGACAAGGAAACAGAACUCACUCUAAGGGAGACACCAGGCUUUGAAAUAACAACUUUGACAACUGAGGGUGGAAACCAUGUUAUAGAAAUAGUGAUAGAACCUGAGACGCACCCCAUGGAAGAGAUAGAGAAUGGAGACCCUAAUGCCAAUGUACUGUUAGAUAGGCAGGAUAUAUUGACAUCAUCUAUUGUAAUUAACGAGUUAGAGAACCACCAGACUAACCCAACGAAUUAGUAAUGGAAUGAUGAGAAUGAAAUGAUGAUUAAGAGAUUAAGAAAGAUAAGAAAAUCCACCUGACCUAAUUGGUCCAGCAACCCUUCCCCAACCUCGUGUGUAAAAUUUGAGAAAAGAAGUAAAAAGAUUUAUAUAUGCAUCAGUGACAGGGUUGCAGAAAAUCCUGAACUAAACCAGCAACUGGAAAUAAUUGUUGUGACAUUUUUGCCUUGAAUAACCUCUGUAAUGCAAGUUUUGAAAAUUGAAAUUGGCAGCCAACACAAAAGCCAUUUUGCAGACAAUAAGCUAUUGUGAAGCCGAGAAAGUGUGAAAAUUUUAAACAUUUACGUCUUUUCUUCAUUUGACCUUAAAUUCCUUUUGCAAGGUCUUUAUAGUCACCUGUUCAUGGUUUCUUUCCUCUUUGUUAUGGACAGACAGACGACCCCGGAAGAAAACCUUUGUGACCAAUCGGUUGUUCAACCUCCAAUUUUGAAAUGACUGUCCAAGUUUAGAUUAACGUCAUUGUGUUAUGAGAUCAUUAAUUCAUUGUAAAACUGGCACCCUCCUUCUCCUCACAAAAUAAACUGCUAUUUAUAAAAUUGUAAGAAAUUUCAACUUACUGCAGGCUUUAUGAUAAUAUAAAGGUAUAUUUAAAAAAUAGACUUUAAAAAACUCAUUUCUCGGAUUUUAAAUGCAUAAAAUAUGCAGUUUAGAAUCAUGGGGUCACUGGUAUUUUCCCAUUCCAGGUUUAUUCAAAACCCAGAGUUCAUGAUGACAAAAAAUCUGUAGAGUUGAAGUACAAUGAAGCAGUCCACAUUGCAUAGUUCGUGUGUUUGAUAUGCUUGAUCAACUCUCAUCAUAUCAGCCUUGAGAAGCAAUACACAGUGGGUGUUGAACAGGAGCUCAAUUAUAUUGUCCCUGUUCACUGUCCAAAAUAUGGCAAGGUCUAAUAAAAAGUGUCAGUAAUGGCUGAAUAAGGGUUUCAUUCCAACACGGCUUUGACAUGGCAGUGCAGACAUGACUACACCUAGAAUGUUCUGACGUGAAAACUUGUGGCUAAAUAUUAUUAUAAUAAUCAUUCAUUGAUAUUUUGAUGUUAGUAAUGUAUUCUUAUAUCAGUUUAGUCAUAAGUUGACGUCAGUGUUUCUUGUGUAAGUUCCAUUGUGCAUAAAAUCAUUACCGAUCUGGUUGUACCCCUCGAAAUCUUUCAUGAGAAACAGGAAAAUAUGAAUGGGAAAUUUUAAUCUUGUUCACGGUUCUUCUCUCCAGUUUCUGACAUACAGUUGACAAUUGUUUCCCAUGAACUUAUAACUGGAUGUUAUAAUCCGAAAAUGAAGGUUAUUGAGGGGAAAAAAAGAAGAUAUUCACCUUUUGUUUGCUGGUAUAUUUGUAAGUACAAUUAGAUUUUUGCUGAUGUAAUUAUGUACAAAUGAUUUCAUUUACAUUAAUAUAUUACUAUAUCAUACACAUCAAUAGGUGUGCACAUGCAUGAAUAUGUACGUUCAAUGUUUGUAUAUUAUAUACAUAAGAUCGUGGAAAAUGCAUAUUUAUAUUGAAUUUUAUCUUUCCAUUGCAGUGAUCAUUUGGUUAUGUACUGGGAGCUUUUGUUUGAAUGAUGAAUUUGUGUUUGGCAACUAACAGUAAAGUUUAUUAUCGAACAAAAUCCUUGGGUUAAUACCACGUCUCAUUUUGGUCACUUCCUUGCCUGCGUUUGGGAUUAAGCUUUCCUGGUGUUCACUCUAUUCGCUUUUUGACAGACAUAGCGCCUUCUGACGCCCACACAAUUAGCUUAAGAGCACUAGUGUGAAUAGCUAUUGGCUUAUUUUUUAUGUACUGUUGAUCUAGCCCUAUAAUAUGCUUGUUUUUUGGAGCUAGUUUUGGGCCCUGGUACGGCUGCAAAUUAUUAAAUAAUUAUGACUAUCAGGAAAGACAGAGGGUUGCAUUUGUUAAUUGUUGAGUAAAUUCACAACCAGAGAUGAGGGUUGUGAAAAAAAAAUGCCUAUUAAUUUGUAUUAACUAGUAGAGAGUCAGUCUUUUAGACUUAUUGCCCUAACAUUUGUACAUAUAUGGUCUAAUAUAAAUCAACGUACUAGCAUUUGAACAUCAGUGUAGCUUAAAUUUCAUGCAAGCCCUUUGAGUCACACUCUCUGGGAAUAGUAUUGGAUACAGGGUUCAACAUUUCUGUCCCCAUCAAAUCCACAUUGCUGGGCAGCAAAGUAAAUUUGUCCAAAGGUGGUAGCGUAUACGAAACGGCUUUUGCCUUUGUCGGUUUGUGUGGCCUAGUGCAGUGUUAGGCAGCAUAGGUGCAUAAAUUCGUGACGAUAGAACUAAGCAAACAUCUAUUUAAAGAUCCUAAUUGGAUCAGUAUAUAUCUGGUCUGAAUUUUUCAACACACUACAUUUAUAUGGAGACAUUUUUAAUAUCCAUGGCGUGAAUGCUAUGAACUAUAGCUGUUCUGUUAUCCAACCUUUUUAGUUGCCGUUAAACUUGAAGAUCGGCAACUUUAACUUGAAAGUAACAAAAUUAAGUCAGUAAGUGAAGUACGUGACUUGGUAAUCGUUUACUCAAGUCUUUAAAUAUUAGAAAAUGUGAAAAUGAGAUUCUUUUGUAUCGUGGAUUUAAAGUUAACUUUCAAUAGGAACCAGGAAUCGGCAGUCAUGUAUAUUCCUUUUUUAAAGCGUAAAACUAGGAAAACUUUUCCAUGUAUUUAGUUAGACUCUAAGAGCGUAAGGAUAACGAUUUUAAGUUUCAUUGCGCUGCUGACCCUUUACCGCACACUCCGAAAAUUUAUUUUUAAAUACUCGUUGAAAGUAUUGAAAUCAUUAGAAUUCACCAACUUGUAAGUAAUCCAGUUUUUGUUAACCGUUAACUUAUUGAACAUUUGUAGAUUUGUGUCUUGUAUUAAGUUGUAUAUUUCUACACGCGAGUAUCCAGUGGGACCUGUCCUCUGUCACUUCUCAAGGACUCUACGGAUGACCUCUUGUUUACAUUCUCCAUGUGAAGCAAAUCCUACCCGGCAAGAAGUCUGUCUUUUCAAUCACAAAUUCUUUUAUUUUUAAAUGAGUUUGGAAUAGUUUCAUUUCAUAAAGAGUAAAUCUUGACUAUUAACACUCACCGUAGGGGUUCUUUCCCUCUGUUAUCGAGGACCACUGUAAACAGCAGGAGCUCUUGUCAAUCAAAAUCCUGCAGGAGCAGUUUCCUCAAACUGUUACGAAGGAAAUGUCCUGCAGAAAAAUCCAAACAAAUAGUUCUGUCAAAUUCUUUCAUGGAACUAGCUUUCCCUUUGGCCCUUUCUUUCUCUUAAUGAUCUACCCCGGAAAAAAAGGGUUCAGUAUCUCAUCCCCUCCCCUUGAUUUAUUCCGGCCCCAACAAUGACAUCCGUGCUUUGCUAUCAUAUUAGAUUGGCUAUUUCACCAUUUGUAAUUUUUCUUCACUAUUAAUUUUGUGCAAUGUUACCAGUUGAUUCUUUAUUCUACUUAAAACUGAUGUACAUUAUGGAAUAUAAGAUUGGUAUAUUAAAAUAAAUUCAAUUGAGACUAAUUAUGUGGUGUUGGCUUGUGUAGCCUUCAGCCUGAUAUAGAGAGGAAGGACUCAAUAAAGUGUAGCAGUCUUUGUGUCGUUAUUGUAAA